AUGGCUCACUUUUAUUGGCUGCUGCUCUUCGAAAGACUCUACGGCAGAAGGAACCGAGGCUUCUUUUCGCCGCCGAAGAUUUUGGGAACCGCGGCGGACGAAACCCGAGACUCCACUGACGUCAUCCACGAGAGGCCUCGUUCACCCCUUCCUGGCUCGGAUUCUUUUUUUACACGGCACCAUGGAGCGAAGGAUUCUGAAAAUGUGGUGAUAACGGUCGGGCGAGGGCCUCCGAUACCCAAGACACUAUCCAGUCUUGAAGAAUGCUUUCGGACCUGGAAUUGUGGAAUUAAAAUUCUCUUUUUUUCGCCGCUCUUAAAGCAAGGAAAAACGACCACUUUCUUCGAGCGGUUUUUAUGUAGAGAGAUCGAGACAUCCCAGGGAGAAAGCAUCGAUCGUCAAAACGUGGAAAAAGGAGGAGAUUCUCCGCCGAAACGGCAGCAGGACUCCGAGACAACUAGGAACAAGAUGCGUUGCAGCCAGGGCGUGGCGAUGAUAUUCGAGGACGCGUUCGUCGUCUUUUCGCGUUUUUUGGCACUGAGAUCGCGAGGCUGCGCACUCUUGGAAACGCACCGGCAGCGGGAGACCACCGGCAUCAAAAAACUGUACAACAGCUUCUUCGUGAUGUUCUAAGGAAGGGCAAUUCCGACAGCCCUGAGAACCACCGGCGCAGUUGGCGGAUGCACCGUGUACAUUUCCGGGCAUAUCGAAGAUCUAUACGCCGAAAGGAGACGAUCUGGAACGAAGGGCAAAUGAGUGGUGGAAUGAGAG